CUUACUCCGGCAAUGUAACAUCAGACGACACAUCAUCUGGUGCUACGCUUGCCGCUCCUGCCGCACAGUUUGACGACUUCACCUUCGUAUUUCGAGUCGACAUCGUCCUGCUUUCUAUCUUUGGUAUCUAUGCUCUUGUCAACCUUCCCCGUGCGCUCGCUCGCCUCUCUCAGCUGCCAGAUUUAUUCAAUGGCCAUUUUCUACGCUCGGGGGGACAUGCAUACCGACCUUCGCAUUCUAUGAAUAGUAUAGCCAUGCAGGCCGUCAGCCCCAGCAGUCCCGAGCUAGCCUCGGAGAUGUCUCAUACCCUCAACUCACACGCACAUCUUAUACUUCACGCUACAGAAUCAGCCCCAGCGCUUGCACAUAGCCCUCCAACUCGGGUGCCUCGUUGGUCCACCCUUAUCCAUCCCUUUGUCAGCUACGCGAUCAACUAUCGUGUUGCACCCAGUCUUUCUGUCGGCAAGCUAUUCGUUUUAGCGGUAUAUCUUGGCGUCAUCUUUUAUGCCGCGUUCUACAAGUCAAACCCCUUUACUGAUCCGGCACGCGCUGGCUUCGUCGCAAUGUCGCAAAUUCCUAUCGUCAUCGGGCUCGCGAAUAAGAACAAUUUGCUCAGCUACUUGUGCGGUGUUGCGUAUGAAAAGCUGAACUAUAUUCAUCGUUUCAGUGGCCGUAUCGUUGCGCUCGCGGUGAACGUUCACGCCAUUGGCUUUCUGUACAAAUGGUCGAUCAAUGACAACAUAUCGACACAGCUUUUACAGCCUCACAUCCGGUGGGGUCUUGCUGGACUCGCCGCUGUGGACACCCUCGCACUCUUCUCAAUUGCGUUCAUUCGCCAGAAGUUGUAUAAUUUAUUCUUCUACUCUCACAUCGCAGGGUUCAUCGUCUUCCUUACUGCUGCCUACCAACACUUUCCCAUCACUCUGCCCUACGUGGUUACCGGCUUUGCUCUAUUCGGCUUGGAUCAUGUCCUCCGCCUUUGCAAAACGCGUGUCGCAGCGGGGACCUUGUUUGCGAUCCCCGCUUUAAAUAGUACCCAUAUCUCUGUGCCCUCCCUUGGCGCGGGCUGGCGGGCAGGCCAACAUGUCCGCAUCCGCGUGGUUGCGGCGUCGCCGACGGGAUCCUGGAUUGGUUGCUGUUGGGCUUGGCUCGUUGGCCGUGCGCGUCCAUUCACAAUUGCGACGGCGAGUGGUGACGAUUUGGGCCUUGAGUUGAUCGUGAAGAAAUACGAGGGCGGGUGGACAGGUCGUCUGUUUGAAAUGGCACAGGCUCAGGAUGGUGGAAUGGAGGAGAAGACCAUUGGCCUGCCAAAGCAUUCUAUCGGCCGGCGGGUGCGCGUGAUAGUUGAGGGGCCCUAUAGUGGUCCUGGUCAUACGCUCUUUGCGUCAUAUUCAGGAGCGUUACUCGUUGCUGGCGGCAGUGGCAUAACGUUUGUACUCUCGAUCCUGGCCGACCUCCUCCAGAAGCACGGAGAGGGUCGCAGCAGGCUGCGUGUUAUUGAGGUCGUCUGGUCAGUUGCGGACCCAUCUGCACUCACAGCACUCCUUCCUACCUUCACUACGCACCUCCGGCCGCGCGCAUCCCCUCACGGCUCCCUCCAAGUUCGAAUCUCCAUAUAUUACACCCGCGCUCCGCGCGCCGGCGCACUGGACGCACUUUCAUCCCUUUCUCACCCUGUCGGCCUCAAUCUGCGCCCUGGUCGUCCAAACCUCGGCAAACACCUUACAGAAACCACUGAUGCCGUUGUUCUCGCUCAUUCUAUGCGACAUGCCUCGAAGGGGUCUGAGCAGUAUCCCUGUGGUGUCAUUGUAGGUACAUGCGGUCCUGUUGAUUUAGGGGAUGAAGCUGGCAAGGCGGUGGGAUCGGUUCCAUGGAAGAAAUGGAAGGAAGUUGGGGGCGUUGAGGCAUACGACGAGGUGUUUGGCUGGUGAUAUCAACGUACCAGCUCCUAGCCCGUCCUCGCUGGUGUUCUGGAGAGGGAUAUCACGACUUUGAUGCAGGCAUGCGAUGUGUUUCCAAAAUUAUCUGUAGGACUGCAUUACUUACGAGGUGGGGACGGGCCAUUGUGGGAUGACUUGUAUUUUUGUAAGCAUUUGUCGAAUACACCAUAUUAUAAAGUACCCG